AUGAGUCACGGUUACGGAAAUCUGCCUUCUCUGAAGGCGUUCUGGAAACAGACACUGUUUCUCUCGUGUCUUGCUAUAGGAACGGCUUAUUUCGUCAAGUCCAAAGUUCAUCUCAGAAGAAGACAGCAAUACGUUGAAGAAAGCAAAGAAGAACUGCCAGUCGAGACGAGGCCCGGUUUCCCCACCACGCAGGGUGCUGCCAGUUCACGCAAGAGUGAGUACGAGGGCAGUGGUAGUUCGUAUAUGUCAAGGAAGUCAGGUGACAAGUUUAGUUGGGGCAUAUUCAAAUAA